CUGGUUUCCAGUUAUUAAAAACUUAGUACUGAGACUUAAAAAAGGGGAACGCCUCAAAACUUGGGGGUGUAAGGGAAAGGAGGGGUAUAUGCAUGAGUAGGUGGUGUUGUGCGUUAUUUGAAUGCAAAUGCAGAGAGAACAAGCCGAGACUGUGUUUGAGAGAGAAACUGGGAAAAGGAGGUGGAGAGUUGUCUUUGGAUUUUAGUUAGACACUGAAUAGACACUUUUGAGACAUUGCUUGCUCAUGUAUGCCCUUAGCAUUUGGCCUUGUAGCUCUCUAUAUAAAUGAAACAUGGACUUUUAUUUGUUUCUCAGAACUGAUGCAGUGAGAUUUACUGUAAUUUAGCUCUAAGAGAAAGAUUUUCAAUCUGUUUCAACCCAUGGGCCAAUUAGCCAUUGACUUUCCCCUGCAUCAUGUCACGCCGGAAACAGAAAAGACCUCAACACUUUUUCAGCCCCAUCCUCAACACUUCGUGGCUACUUCAACAUGAGGAGCAGUUGGCAGUGAAGUCCCUCACCUCUACUCUUGCAAAGAACUCUUCCUGCUCUUUCUCAUACUCAACAACUCGAGGCGGCCAAUCUUCCUUAAACCCAAGCCCACCAGUUGAGAGGCUCACAAAACCUUCUCUGACUAGAGCCAGCCAUCGUGUCUAUCACAUCCCCAGCCAACCCAUACAAUUUCCUUCAAACCUCACAGAGUCUCACCUUUUCCAAAUUUCUGAUAUCCCAUCCCAUUCUACUAAUCAGUGUAUGACUACCAUUGCACCAUCUGUCCUCUGUACCCACAACCACACUCAUUUACCCAUGGCUUCUCCAAAGUUAGGUGUGUCAGCAACCACAACCUCCUCUUCAUCCUCCUCUGCUGCUGCUUCUCUCUGUGUGCCUCCACAUCCUGGAAGCCACAGUUCUGUGCCUCAGGGUCCCCCAAGUCCAGUUACACCCUCUUCCAGCCCAAGCACGGUCCCUUCAGCCCCAGCAUGUGCACCCGUCAGUAUUGCUUUCAUCUUGGAGGAGCUACGUGUGCUGCAGCAGAGGCAAAUUCAUCAGAUGCAGAUGACUGAAGAAAUCUGUAGGCAAGUACUGAGAUUGGGAGGAGGAUCUUGUGAAGUGGAUUCAAAACCAUAUAUACUACCAUCUCUGCCACAGCUCUGUUUAAAAGGUUCUGAUAACAACCCCAGAACCUCCCGACCAAAGUCAUCACCUCCCCCUACCUCUGUGGCUCCUCUUUUGGCCUGUUUCUCAUCCCUGCUACCCCCCCAGACCACCUCUAAGUCCUCCAAACAUGCCCACCCUCUCUUGAAUGUCUUACGCCCCCAUAAAGCACAGUAUGACAGGGGGGUAGUUACUCCAGCAAGCUUCACCAGUCAUACAAGUGCUUUCACAUCUUCAUCAAUGUCUACACCUGCUGCCUCAAACUAUCCACUCACACUUUCUCUUGGCCUUCCAUCCCAAAAAUCAUCCACCAUAGGAGUUAGUGGACACAGUGGUGUGACCUUCCCAAACCAAUCUAUACCAGCAGCUGCUGUCCCUUCAGCCCCCUCACAGGAUCCAAAACUCUCUGCUCAAGGAGGUACGACUGUCUUAUCGUCAGGGCGUAUGCAGCAUGCAUGCCGAUUUUGUCGGAAACUCUUCAGCACUGAUUCAUCCCUCCAAAUACACUUGCGUUCACACACAGGGGAGCGUCCUUACCAGUGUCCUGUAUGUUUCAGUCGAUUCACCACACGAGGGAACCUGAAAGUCCACUUCUUGCGGCAUCGUGAGCAAAACCCUGAACUCUCUUUUUCAUUGUUUCCCUGUUCGCUUUUUGCAUCUGUAACUGGAGGAUCAAUGGGAGGGCCAGCACAAACACAGACCUCCACCAAUGCAAAUGCUACUCAGAGGCAUCAAAAACAGCAAGAGGAUGAUCUGUGUGGCGACAGUCCUGAGGGAACUACUGCCUCAACACGUGCCACAACCUCAUCUCAUCCUCCUAGUAUUGAUUUGGCCCUGCUGACCACUGCACACUCUCUCCUUCAGCUCAAUCGUGCUGCUGCUGCUGCUGCCGCUGCUGCAGCCUCUACAUCCACUACCUCCUCAAUCACAUCCUCAUCACCAUCCUCUCUGGCCUCCACCCUUCUUUCAGCUCCUGCCUCAUCCACCUCCUCCAUUGCUGGGGUGUAUAAAGGAGUCAAACGCUUUGAUGAGAACACCCCACCAAUACCUACUCUGCUCCCCCAUUCUGCUUACUCACAGCUUGCCAAUUUACCCAAAAUCUUCUUCCCAGCAUCUUCCGCUCAGCAUCAUCCAGGCCAUGGGUUUCUCAGGCCAACAACUCCAGCUGGAUCGUUCCUGCCAUCCCCACAACAACACAUCACGUUCCCAUUCACAGCAUCAUCCACUACCCCAUCCAUCUCGACCCCAACCUCGGACACAUCGAAGCUGCAGAGGCUGGUGGAGAAGUUGGAGAAAGAACCACAAGGUCAGUCAAACUGGGUUUCAUCCAUUGGGGAGACUUCUACCAGCGGCCAUAGUGUAGCAGGAGCAUUAAGCUAUAGCAGCAGUGGUUUAAUGAGCACAAGCACAUUCAGUACAAAUGUGGUCACCUCACUUCCAUCAUCUACAAUCCAAAUACCAUCAUCCCUCUUCAGCAAGGAGUCACCCUACCUGGGACUUAUGAAUUCUGCUGGGACACUUGCCCCUAAUCAGUGUAGUGUGUGUCUGCGGGUGCUAAGCUGCCCAAGAGCAUUACGUUUGCACCAGGCUACUCAUUUAGGUGAGCGACCCUUCCCCUGCAAACUAUGUGGUCGUUCCUUCUCAACUAAAGGAAGCCUUCGAGCACACCUUGCCACCCACCGUGCCCGCCCUCCAAACAGUCGCGCCCAGAAUUCUUGCCCCUUAUGCCAGCGGAAAUUUACCAAUGCCCUUGUACUACAACAUCAUAUCCGCAUGCACUUAGGAGGACAGCUACCACCAGAGCACAUGCCAGAUACCUCAACAGAAUGUGAUAUUUUGUCCCAUUCCGAGUCUAUUGAGCUCUCUGCUUCAGAAAUCAGCCCUAGUGCUACAGAUGUUCAGUUACUAGAUGCUGAUCUACAGACAGUUUCGGAUUCUAGACAUACUGAAUCCCUUGCUGUCAGUACUGCUCCUACAGCAUGUCCCAUAACCUCCAGCCUACCUGCUUCACUUAGCUCAGGUUUUGUACCACCUUUAGACCUAACCCCUGACCCAUACCUGAAUCCAACCCCUCAUUCACCUCCAAUAUUCAGAGCUGAUCACCCUGAGCUCUCAAUCACUGUACCUUCUCCAGUGGAAUCUGCAGCCUCCCUUGUCAUUCCUGCCACCCAGUCAGCAUCAGCAACAACUGGUCCUUCUACCACUGAUGAACUAUCUUUUGAAAUUUCCAGCAACACUGCCUUCUUGGAAGAUAAAAAGAUUUCAUGCUCCUCUGCUCUGAAGAAAGCAAGUCCACUAAGAGAUGACUGUGAACAUAGUGAAAAUAUAUGUGUCUCACCUAUUCCUUGCUCUGCAUCCAGAUCAAAUCUGGAGGAUCUUCUUAGUAUACAAGCUCAUAAUGCAUCCAGAGUUCCUCCACCACAUCCAGAAUCAACACCACCUUCUCUCCUUGCGCUGAGAUCUGAGAGUGCGUCUUCUCAUACAGUACGCCUAGAGGAGCCUGACCAAAGCCUUCUCCAAAUAUCCAAAUUAAUCCCCCAAGAGUUCCCUAAGGAAGAAAAGGCGGAAGAUAAAAUUCAUAAAACACCAAAGAAUGGACAAAGAACAACUCCAGAUUUGAGUAUUAAUGCAGAUACGGUAUCAGACACUGUAAACAAGACAAAUGAGGAUGAGACUGUGGAUUGUGACACACGUGUGCGGAAGACCAUAACGGAAGCUCACUGUAGUUCAACUGCAAAGGAUAAAGAGGACCAUAAAGAUAUAACAGGAACUGAAAUGGACCGAACAGAAUCAACUGUAUGCAUAUCACUGACUCCCAGUCUUCCACCUCCAAUGCCAGAAAAAAAAAUAUACCACUGUUCUGAAUGUGGAAAAGAGUAUGCAAGUCGCAGUGGACUUAAGGGACACAUGAAGCACCAUGGAGGAGUUGCCAAGGCACCCCGAGCUCCUGCAAAGACCAAGGGCCCAGAGAGAGUCUUGCAUCAUGAGCGGUCACAAACUCACCACCUUGCAACCUUCCUGCCACCAGGACAUCAGUGAGUUUCUUGAACCAAGCCCUCCGAAAACAUCAGCAAGCAUCAGAGAGCUCUCCACUAGACCCUGUUAAAAAAAAUCAGAAAAAAAGUGUUAAGAUGAAUUUAAUAGCUGACAAAUGGGAAGGAACCUGAAGGAUAUUUUGGACUAUGACUUGACUGAAAAAAAAAA